UCGCACAGCUGGCCCGAGGGGCUCGGACUCGGGGGAGAUGGCAGAUGAUCAAGGCCACGUUGGGAGGCAGGGAGCUGGGGAUUUGGCAAAUAACGACUCAGUGGACGCCAAGCCAGACCGCUCCUCAUUUGUGCCAUCACUUUUCAGUAAGAAGAAGAAAAAUGUCCCCGAACAAUCAGUCAAGACCACGCGGGACCGGGUGCCCACAUAUCAGUAUAACAUGAACUUUGAGAAGUUGGGCAAAUGCAUCAUCAUAAACAACAAGAACUUCGAUAAGGUGACAGGUAUGGGCGUCCGAAACGGAACAGACAAAGAUGCCGAGGCCCUUUACAAGUGCUUCCGGAGCCUGGGUUUUGACGUGGUCGUCUAUAAUGACUGCUCCUGUGCCAUGAUGAAAGAUCUGCUUAAACACGCUUCUGAAGAGGACCAUUCAAAUUCAGCCUGCUUUGCCUGCAUCCUGUUAAGCCAUGGAGAAGAAAAUCUAAUUUAUGGAAAAGAUGGUGUGACCCCAAUAAAGGAUUUGACAGCCCAUUUUAGAGGAGACAGAUGCAAAACCCUUUUAGAAAAACCCAAACUCUUCUUCAUUCAGGCUUGCCGGGGGACAGAGCUUGACGACGGCAUCCAGGCCGACUCCGGGCCCAUCAAUGACACGGACGCUAAUCCCCGAUACAAGAUCCCAGUGGAAGCCGACUUUCUCUUCGCUUACUCCACAGUUCCAGGCUAUUACUCAUGGAGGAGCCCAGGAAGAGGCUCCUGGUUUGUGCAGGCCCUCUGUUCCGUCCUGGAGGAGCAUGGGAAAGACCUGGAGAUUAUGCAGAUCCUCACCAGGGUGAACAACAGGGUGGCCAGGGACUUCGAGUCCCAGUCUGAUGACCCACGCUUCCAUGAGAAGAAGCAGAUCCCAUGCGUGGUCUCCAUGCUCACCAAAGAACUCUACUUCUGUUAGUAACCAUGCCAGGGUGCAUCCUAGCUCAGAACUAUGGAUCAUUCAUCGAUGAAUCAAGAUUCUUUUUUAAUGCUCUUGAAAUAUCUGGAAAUUCUACAGGAUUUUAAUUUCAGGAAAAUUUAUUGAUUCAACAGGGAGGAAACUUUCUGGUGCUGUUGUAUGUUCUCUGAAUUUUCAGAGACUUUUUUUUUUACAAUGUUAUUCAUUUGAUGACUUCGUAAUUUUCUCUUAAGACUAAUUUUCUCUUUGUAUUUCUUUCACCUUGUUAUUGCCCUUAGUACGUGCAACAAAAGUGACCUCUGGAGAAGGCUCUGGGCUUUGUCCACUGUGACUGGUGGUGACACUGGUAAAGUCAGAGUCAUAUUUGCACUCAGCAAAGAGAACCCCCGUGUUUGACAUAGAAGAGGCAAUAUUGGCCUGUAUUGUAGAAAGUGGGUAUUGCGUGUGACUUGAGUGAUUUUUCACUGGCUUAGGGCAGAUUCUCAUGCAUAAAUUCCCACACAUGUUAAGAGGAGAAAAAAACUUAACGAUUCUAAUAUGUAUCAGUCAGGAUCAAGUCCGGAAAACAGAAACCAUUUUAGGUGUUUCUGUUCCCUCAAUAGAGGGAAUUUUUAUUUUAUGUUAUUUUUGUAGAGACACGUCUCACUUUG